GAAUCUUCCAACCUAGCAAAGUGUACUACAGCCUGUGCCUUUUUAGAUAUAAAUAGUGCAUUUGAUGCUGCGUGGCAUCCUGCCAUUAUCUCAGCCCUAGACAGUCGCAACUGUCCACGCUACCUGACCCAACUAAUCCUCAGCUUUCUAUCAGAUCGCACUGCGUUCUUCUCUCUAAACGAAUCUUCCCUGACUGUGAAUGUUGGCCUUGGUUGUCCGCAAGGUGGUGUUCUCUCACCCUUUCUUUGGUCAGUUUUAAUUGAUGAUGUGCUGCGUCUCUGCUUCCCACCAUAGCCACUCGAAAUUUGCAGAUCAUGUGUGAUCAGGUCAACAACUGAUGCUUGAGCAAAAAAAUGUCACUUAAUGCUAGCAAAACUUUUUUCAUGUUGGUAAACAAAAAAUUAAUUGACUGCUCGCACCUCAGCUUGGUAAUCAACGGAUUGUCCAUAUGCCCUGCCACUGAGACCGUUUUUCUUGGUCUUACAGUCGACAGUCGUCUAAAUUGGCAAGCCCAUGUUAACCGUAAGAUUGCGGCGGCCAAACGGGCCUUUUUUUCUCUCAGAGCGGCGUUGAAAUCGACAUGGGGCUACGACAAACGUAGACUAAAAUUUUUAUACAACUCUGUUAUUGAACCCAUCCUGUUGUAUGGUUGCUCCGUUUGGGCGCCAAUGCUCUCUUCUAAGAAAAACAUAAAGCUACUUCGCACGUUUCAACGUUCUGUUACCCUUCCGCUAUCCAGUGCUUUCAAAUCUGUCUCGACAGAGACUUGCCUUGCUCUCUCCAAUAUCCUUCCGAUCGACUUGCGAGUGCUCGAGAUCAUUUAUAUGCGUUACUGCUCUAACUCCACUGGCUACUUCUCUCUUGCGUCCUCGAAGUGGCUAACAAGCCGGUCGCCGGGCCUUACCACCCCCGCCAAAUAUGAUUUGCCCAUGCUGCACUACCAUCCUUUACUGCCUCCUUGGGAGCCCAUUUCGCAACCUUCUCUCCUUGUUGAAGGGUGCGAGUUGCUAGCCCCUAAUGACAAAUCUGUUCGUAUCUUUGUUGCUGCUGCAAUGUCACGCGGUGCUUAUCGGGGUUGCUGCGUGGCGACUAGCCAUACUAAAAUCAAGGAUUUAGUAAAUGGACCUGUUCCUUCCACCGACUGUGCAUUUCUUGCUUUACAGCUUACGGUUCUGGUCGCCAUUACGAUGGCUUACCGUGUAGUAGAAGAGGGUUUCAAUGUAGAUAUAAUUGCCAUCGACCCUUCUGCCUUUACUUUCUCUCGCCAUUUCUGCAAACUUUCUCUAAUCCAACGCCUCUGUCUAGAAAUGCUUGCCCCCUCUCGAGACAGGAUACGGUUGAUUAAUUGCCAGCUCUCAAAGUCUGUAGGCCUUCAGCUUGCCAUCGCUGGCUGUCAACUUCCGGGAGACAGUCUUCAUAACCUCCCUAAGUUACUUCCAUCUAAAUCUUCAGCUCGACUCUCGAUUAAAAAGAUAGCCGACGAAUUGUGGGAUUCAGAAUGGCAGAGCUGCUCAAAUGGAAAAAAGACAAAAAAAUUUUUCCCAACGAUAGAGUCCGCCAGACUAAUUCCCUCUCACCUGCUCUGCCGUCAGAUCCCGCAAGUCCUUACCGGCCAUUCUCUCCUCAAGGAACAUCAGUUCCGUUUUAAAUUUGCCAACUCUCCGGUCUGUACCUGUGGUAGUCCUACGGAAACCUACGGAAACAGUGGAGCAUUUUAUUUUUCACUGUCCGCUCUUUUGCACACAACGUCUUCACUUCACUGA